AUGGAUACUCUCAAGGAACUACUUGUGCCUAAAGCAUUCAACAAAUAUAGCCACUUCGCAGUCGUUUCAAUUUGGUUCGUGAUGGGUGCAACCUUCCUCGGCAUUUUUAUUGAAGUGGAAAACACCGAACCCAGGUUUGAUUUCCGUUGUGGUGGAGCGAAGACUGAAAACAUUGAUCUCGUCCGUGGAAAAUGUUUCCGGCAAUACAUGAAGCAGUACAACAAAUACGGUGUUCCCGUCUAUGGCUUCGUGAUCAUCAAUUUCUGCCUUAUUGCUGCUGUAUAUGCUGUGUACUCCCAAAUAGUGAAAAAUACAGUCAAUGAACUGUCAUCAAGCACUGGCAACGGUGACCCUGAGAGUCAGUCGGGCGACCAAGAGAAUAAAAAUUCAAAGGGAAAACAGCUUUUCAUCGCUUACUGUUGCCAACUAUCCACGAGACUUGUUUUAGGAGUUCUUUUCAUGAUCCUUCAAACUCAGUUGCUUUAUCCUCUCGAGUUUUCCUAUACGUUUGACUGUUAUUUACCCUCUAGAACCAAUCAGCCAAGGAAUUCAUCGGACGCCACCCAAAACUCUGCUUUUCACGAAUGUAGCAAUCAACGAGCGGAAAAGAAAACCUUCUGGAUGAACGCUAUUCUUGUAGUGAAUGGAAUUUUUGUCGCUGGUAUUCUUAUUGAAACCAUCUACAUUUUGUCACGGGCAUGCAUAGAAAAAAAGUUCAUGAAAAACUCAAAGUUUCUUGAAACACAUCUAAAUCCCAGUCAUGGAAAAUCCCAUCAGAAACCUCAAAGGCAAGAAGAAAGAAUAGAACAAGUUUCACAACAGUUACGAGUGCCAGAAAACUGUUCGAACCGAGGCGAGUUGCACCUAGAACCUCAGAGGCAAGAUGAUGUCGUCCAACCACAACCACACGAGCGUGAACACCGUCCAACCCAAGUCGAGUUACACUCAGAACCUCAAAGACAGGAUGAUGUUGCAUCGAGAGAGCGAGAACACCGUGCGACGCAAAUUGAGUCCCACCAAGAACCUCAAAGACAAGAUGAUGUUUUCCCACUACAACCACGGGAUGAAAUCGAGUCGCAUCAAGAACCUCAAAAGCCGAAUAGAAGGAGCGGACAUGAUGAUGUUCCUCUGACACAAAGGGAACCAGAACAGCUCCAAAACUCAAAUCUUCAACGAUUCAUUGCGAAAACAAAGGAAAUAAUCCAAGAAGACGCCCAAAACCUUUUUGAGCUCCAAUCACCUUUUUUAGGAAACCCAGGCGAACAAACGGCAGUUAAACAUUUGACUUUGGAUCAGAUUUACACAAAUCUUACGGUUAUUAAUGAUAGAGAUACAUAUGACUUUACUGAAGACAGACAGGAGCAACUCAAAGUUUACCCAAGGUCGCGCAAGGGAGAAUCACAACCCAAAGGCUUAGAAGACCUCCUAACGGAUAAAAGCAGGAAAGUUUUGGUUGUUGGUCGUCCCGGAAUCGGCAAAACAUUAUGUUGUAUUAAACUUCUCAGAGACUGGGCAUUUGAUGACGUUUUUAAAGCGACAUCUAAUGCUGAAACGCACUUUGACGCUGCCUUCUUUGUAAAAUUCAGGAGAUUCAACUCAACCGACGUCCUGAACCUUAGGGAACUAUUGAUUCAGUCAGAGCAUUUUCCCCCAGACCACCUGGAUGAUAAAGUCUGGAAAUACAUCCUGCAACACCCUAAACGCGUCCUCAUACUUUUUGACGGAUUCGAUGAAUUCAAACAUGAUGCUAAGAUCGUUCAGGCGCCUCCUCGUCCCAGCGUAGAACAGCAAAUGCCGCUCCGAAUCCUCUAUCACUGUCUUGUGCACGGAAAACUCCUCAAAGAUGCCUCAAUUGUGACCACAACGAGACCUACGGCUUUGCCGAGCAUCAGACGCCUUCCAUUCGACAAAAUCUGCGAGAUUUUGGGGUUUUCAACCGAGCAAAUUGAAGAAUAUGUCUACAAAUUUACGGGAGACGACAAGCAAGCAGGCGAAACACUAUGGCGACACAUCAACAGCAACAUGAACUUACUUUCGCUCUGUUAUAUCCCAAUGAACAGCUUCAUCGUGUGCUCAAGUCUGUUCCAAAUAUUGCAGUUCGAAAGUUCCGCGGGUGUUACCCUCCCCUCCAAAUUAACCGAGAUAUACAAUAUUGCAGUGAAAGUGUUUUAUUUCAGACACACUAAAGAAUUCCGCGAUACUGAUUUCACUCGUGAACACUUUGAAUCUGAUGAAUUGUCCUUAGAUGUGGAGGAGAAAUUCGAGAAACUAGGAAGAGUGGCGUUUGAAGGAAUCAAAGAAGGAAAACUGAUCCUUGAAGGAAACGAAGUGCGCGGAAUGGAAGACAACGCGCUUUUUCACCGCUUACCCGAUCGUAAAACCAGCGCGCUCAAACAUGAACGACAAUUCUGUUUCAUUCAUCUGACAAUGCAAGAGUUUUUCGCUGCGAGGCACUUGGCAAACAACACGAGUGAAACAGAAUUGAGGAACUUUGUUUCCGAGAACAUCAAGAAUGGUAAAUGGCAGCUGGUUUUUCAGUUUCUGGCGGGACUAAUGGAGGAUAAAGUUCACCUACCAAGCGAAAUCAUCACUGACCUUCUUCCUGUGAAAACUGAAAUGAAAGAAAGCGCCGACUACAACGAAGAGUGGACAGAGAAUGAAGACAAAAUGGUGACCUGCUGGCCGACUGAAGACGAACGGGAUUUAGCGGUGACGUUUUUUAAAUGUAGUAACGAAAGUGAUAAGAUGGAGUCGAUAGUUCAGAGAAAACUUCAACAAAUUAACUUUAAUUUUGUAAAUUUUAUUCGUGGUCACCUCACAGCUGUUGAUUGCUCUUCGUUAGUAAAUGUAAUUAAGAAUGUUCAACAAAUUUCACAUUUAGAUUUGAGUCACAAUAACAUAGGUCCAUUAGGUUGUUUUGAGAUUUGUAAAUUGUUAAAAUGUAAGGAAUCUCAACUGAGCUGGUUAAACCUCAAACACAAUCAAUUGAAAGAUGAAACAGCAAAGUAUUUAACUGAAGCCUUCAACAACAACAGCUGUCAGCUACGCACGUUAGACCUCUCAGAAAAUAACAUCUCAGACAUUGGAGCACAGCACUUGGCUAAAGCCAUCAACAACAACUGUCAGCUACGUACGUUAAACCUCUCACUAAAUAACAUCUCAGACAUUGGAGCACAGCACUUGGCUGAAGCCAUCAACAACAACAACUGUCAGCUACGCACAUUAAACCUCGCAUUCAAUGACAUCUCACACAUUGGAGCACAGCACUUGGCUGAAGCCAUCAACAACAACAACUGUCAGCUACGCACGUUAAACCUCUCAUUCAAUAACAUCUCAGACAUUGGAGCACAGCACUUGGCUGAAGCCAUCAACAACAACAACAACUGUCAGCUACACACAUUAAACCUCGCAUUCAAUGACAUCUCUCACAUUGGAGCACAGCACUUGGCUGAAGCCAUAAACGAUAACAACUGUCAGCUACGCAUGUUAAACCUUGAAGAAAAUAACAUCUCAGACAUUGGAGCACAGCACUUGGCUGAAGCCAUCAACAACAACAACUGUCAGCUACGCACGUUAAACCUCACAGCAAAUAACAUCUCAGACAUUGGAGCACAGCACUUGGCUGAAGCCAUCAACAACAACAACUGUCAGCUACGCACAUUAAACCUCUCACACAAUAAAAACAUCACAAAAGCAGGUAGACGACAUGUACAUAAUUUAUUAAGCAAGAGUCAGUCUAAGUGUGAGCUAAUUCUUUAG